AUGCUCACUUUCAAGGAAGGCUGAGUAAAGGAGAGAACAGUUUUCCUUCUCUCAGUUUUUCCCUUUGCUUUUGAGAAGUUCUGAAAAGAAAGAAGAAAUCCUUUUGAGGAAUAGAGAAAUUAGCCAAACUACACGGACCUACAAGAAAGAGUAGGUUGUGUUUAUUUUUAGCGUCUUUUUUGAUUGAAUCUGCAGCACGUGGCAGCAGGCUCUGCCACAGGACCCUGGAGAGUGAGGUCAUUCAGUGAUUCGUUCUUCAUUGGCAUAGCUGUUCCUGUUUAUUCAGACACUAAGCAAGCACAAUGGUUGCUGGAAUGGUUAUGCCUCUUGACAAUCUGAGGGCCAUCUACGAGCAUCUGUUUCGGGAUGGCGUCAUGGUGGCCAAGAAAGACAAGCGGCCUCAGACCAAACACCCUGAGAUUGCUGGUGUGCAGAAUCUGCAGGUGAUCAGAGCCAUGGGGUCUCUAAAAUCUAGGGGAUAUGUGACGGAGACCUUUGCGUGGAGGCAUUUCUACUGGUAUCUUACUAACGAAGGGAUCGUCUACUUGCGCGAUUACCUGCAUUUACCUGCGGAGAUUGUGCCUACUCCGCUACAAAGAGUGCGCCGACCUGUUGCAACUCUGGCCGUCACUCGAAGAGCAGAACGGGUUCAAACUAUUGAGGGUCCAACUUCCUAUGUUCCCAAACCCGGCAAGAUGGGUGCGGAAAAACAAGACCGUCAGGGAUACCGUCGCAAGACUGCGAGCACAGAUGAAGCUGAGGUGAUUGAAUCCAAUGAGAGAACUCCACAAUUCAGAGGUCGUCCGAUGGCUAGCGCUCAGAUCAAACCCAAAGGAUCAUGGGAAUCCAAAGAGCUGCCCAUACGUUCUGAUAAUCGUGAUUACACCAAAGAGAUGGAGCCGAGUGCUAGGAGGAAGGUUGCAAUGCAUUCAUUUUCCCAUGAGACUCACCAUGCUAAGCCAGUCGAACAAGAAAGGAUGGUGGAAUGCACCAAGACUGCAUUCAUUCAGGAUAUGCCAAAGGCGAGUCCAGGUGUGCUGACCAUUUCUUCAGCUGCCGUAGAAUCCCCUCUGGUUCCUGUCCAUAGUGAAGCAAUCAAAGAAAAACCCAAAGUAGAUGUCUCUCGUCAAUCUACAUCCAUAACAACUGCAAAGGAAGCUCAUCAUCCUACCCCAUCAAAACUGAAGGUGGAAAAAACAGAGAAAGCCCUUGUGUCGAGAAAAAUGGACCAUGUGCCAAAUGUGGCAUCAGCAGAGGAAACAAUUGCCUUGGAGUCCUUUGUCCAUGCUCAAGAAAAUCCCAAGGAAGAAGAGUUUACAAAGGUCACCAAGCAAACCACAUCCACUACAACAGGUGCUCUUAGAGCUACUCCUUCAAAACCAAAGGUGGAUAAAACACAGGAAACGAUGGUGGCCAAAAAUGAGCUUGAUGUUUCAAAUGAAUCCUCUAAGCCUCCUGUUUCCAUUGAAGCAGCAAAAACAAAGCCAAAACAAGAUGUUUGUAUUAAGGUGUCUGAGAAAACCACUGUUGUAAAUGCUAGCAAAAUGGCUGAAGGUGAUGCUCAUCUUACUUCCUCAGGACCGAAAGUAGACAAAUCCAAUAAUGUGCCAGCUGUUUCAGCAGCACUGGAGAUUUCUGCUUUUAAAUCCUCAGUGUCUUCAGUUUCUACCGAAGCAAUUAAAGAAAUACCAAAGGAAGAAUCAUGUGUUUCCAAGGAAAUCACAUCCAAAGGGGACAGUAAUGCUGCUUCUCAUCAUAGUCAGUUGAAAACAAAAGGGGAGAAAAGACAGAAAGCCACCAAAACCAAAAGCGUGCAGGAUAGCACAUGUGUUCCUCCAGCAGAAGAGAUGUCUGUUGUGAAACCCUCUGGGUCUGAAGCAGUCAAAGAAAAGACUGAGGAAGAAGUGUGUGUUAAAUUAUCACAGCAAUCUGCACUCAAAGGUGAGGGCGGAAUAGAAAAAGAUGCUCCUCAUCCUACUGUCUCAAGCCCACAAGUUGAAAAAGCACAGAAAACUCGAAAGAACAAAAAAGUGCAGGAUUUACCUAUGUUUUCAUCCACAGUGCAGUCCUCAGAAAAAGCAGAAAAGCCCAAAGAUGAUGAAUCUACAAAAGUCACUAAGGAAAUCACUUUGCCAGUAACUGAUGAGAGCAAAAUGGCUAUUGAUGCUCCUCAUCCUACACAUGUGGAGAAAACAGUGAAAACCAUUGUGACCAAAAAUGUGCAGGAUGGCACCUCUUUGAAAUCCCCAGUGUGUUCAGUUCCUGCUGAAACAGCCAAUGAAAAGUCUAAUAAAGAAGUUUGUGGUAUUGUUUCUCAGGAAACCUCAUCCAAAGAUGAUAACAAAACUGCCUUUUCUGCUCCAUCAAAGUCAAAAGUGGGCAAAACGGCUACAAGGAUAAAAAAUGUGCAGGAUAAACCAGCUAUUUCAUCAGCUGUGGAGACGACUGUAGUGGCAUCCUCCACUUUUUCUCUCUCUACUGAAACAAUCAAAGAACAGUACAAGGAGAAAGUGUGUGUUAUUGCUUCUCAGGAAACCCCAUUCAAAGGUGACAAGAAAAAUUAUGCUUUUCAUUCCGCUACAUCAACACAAAAAAUGGAAAAAAUGCAGACGACUAAAACUGCACAGACUAAACCAGCUGUUUCAUCAGCGGAGGAGAUGAUGGAAGUGAAAUCAUCAAUGUCUACUGAAGCAGUCAAUGAAAAGUCCAAGAGAGAAGUGGGUGGUAUUGUGACUCAGGAAACCACAUCCAACGGUGAUAACAAAAAGGAUGCUCUUCAUCCUGCUGUCUCAAAAUCAAAAGUUGUGAAAAUACUUGAGAGCAAAAAUGCGCAUGAUAGCACAGUUGUUUCAUCAUGGAUGGAGGCUGAAGUCAAGUCCACUUUGAUUUCCACUGAUGCAGAAAAGCCCAAGGAAGAAGUCUGCCUUAUGGUUUCUCAGGAAACCACAUUAACAGGUGGUAGCACAGAGGAUGCUCCGUCAAAACUAAAAGCGGAGAAAACAAAGAAAACCAAAAAGGCUAAAAAAGUGCAGGAUGUACCAAUGAUUUCAUCAACAGAGGCUGCAACAGCAGCGGAGUCCUCUGUAAUCUCUGUCCCUGCUGAAAAGCCCGAAGAGGAUGCAUUAAGAAAGGUUCCUCAGGAAGCCACUUUCACAGCAACUGAUGAGAGCAAAAUCGACUUUACUCCAUCAAAACCAGGAGGACCUAAAGGGACCAAAAGGACUAAAAAUGUUCAAGAGCUAACAGUCAAGCUUGAAAAAGAGCAGGUGCCUGCUGUUCAAGCAGAAGAAGUGAAAUCUAACAUAUUCGUUACACCCCAAACGCCAUCAGGAAUGCCAAAGAAGGAAGAAAAUGUGGCUGGAGAAACCGCUAAAAAGAAAGCAGAGCUUAAUCUGAAGAAGGGUGUCACUGUUACAUCAGCGCAGGCCCAAGCAAACACCACUGUUCAGGUGACUGACAAACAACAUGAUUCCCAAACAUCACAGGGAGUCAUAGAAGAUGACAGCACAAGUUAUUUAAAAGUUCACAAAGAGGUGGCGAUCCCUUGUGCCAUUUCUAUCUCAGAGGUCAAGGCAGAGGUUAAAGGCCACAAGCCCGUCCUUAGCCCUAAAUUUCAGCCUACAGUUGCUGAGGAAGAAAUGACUACAGCAGACUCCAGCAAAGCUUCAGAAAUAUCUACGAAAGCAGAAUCUAAAGUAGACACACCAAAAUCACAUCAAGAAAAAGCAUCAACGCUGACGGAGGAACCCAAAACUCCAAAAGACAAGGAUGCUGAAGAAACGUCAAAGCCUUCAAAGGGGAAGAAGAAAAAGAAAACAAGCAAAACUUCUGCUGUAAAAGAGAUCCCUUCACUCGCAGAGACUGAAGUAGUAACACCAGCUCAGGUUGACCCGAGCAAGGCUGAAGACCACAGGCAGGUUGCAACAAGUAAUAAUUCUGCAAAGACAUCCCCUGAAGGAAUGCAUGCUCCGGAGAACAGGCAGCCAACAGCUGUACAGAGCGAAGCCCCGGCUCACAAAGGGGAGGUGGAGCCAGCGCAGCCUGUAACAGAAAAACGAGAGGUUCAGAAAGGAAAAACAUCCUCCUCGCGGAGACAGUGGGAAGCACCGGCAGCUUCAGCGUCAGCAGCACCAGCGGGACUAGCAGCCCAGCACACCCCCCUCCCCGCACAGGGGGAUCCUCCCAGCAUUGCACAACACACUGACACACAGCGGAGCACACACAAGCACUGCAAGCUCUCACAUAGCAAGGCCCCUGCUGGCCCUGUUGACGAGAAAACCGGUGACGGUCAAGCACAGACCACAGACGACGCCAUGCGGAAGAAGAUCGUUGUGGUGGAGGAAGUGAUUGAGGUGCAGCAGGUUGUCAGUCCUGUUGCCGGUCAGCCUACUACGUCCCCAGUGCCUAAAGUUGCAGGAGAUGAUCUGGACUAUGAUGUGCUGGAGGAACUGGCCAUAGAGCGCGGUCUUCUAGAGGGCGAAGAGACCUUUUGGGAUCAUUCGCUACAAGAGCCGGAGGAAAAAACUUUCCCCAACUUCGUAGAAGAUGAACGGGACAGAGUGCAGAAGAAGACUUUCACAAAAUGGGUGAACAAACACCUAAUAAAGCACUGGAGGUCUGAGACUCAGCGUCACGUGAAUGACCUGUACGAAGAUCUCCGAGAUGGACAUAACCUGAUCUCCCUCCUGGAGGUCCUCUCUGGAGAGACGCUGCCGAGGGAGCGGGACGUUGUGCGGAGCGUGCGGUUGCCUCGUGAGAGAGGACGCAUGCGAUUCCACAAACUGCAGAAUGUGCAGAUAGCACUGGAUUUCCUCAGACACCGGCAGGUCAAGCUGGUAAACAUCAGGAAUGACGACAUCGCUGACGGAAACCCAAAGCUGACCCUGGGUCUGAUCUGGACCAUCAUCCUCCACUUCCAGGUCUCCUAUUCUAUUUCAGAUAUCCAGGUGAACGGUCAGUCAGAUGACAUGUCAGCCAAGGAGAAGCUGCUCUUCUGGUCCCAGCGGAUGGUGGAUGGAUAUCACGGUAUCCGCUGCGAUAACUUCACCACCAGCUGGAGAGACGGAAAACUCUUUAACGCCAUCAUACACAAACACGAACCCAGGCUUAUCGACAUGCCAAAGGUUUAUCGCCAGACCAACAUGGAGAACCUGGAGCAGGCGUUUACAGUAGCGGAGAAAGAGCUGGGAGUCACACGACUGCUCGACCCAGAGGAUGUGGAUGUGCCUCAUCCUGACGAGAAGUCCAUAAUCACCUAUGUAUCGUCUCUUUACGACGCCAUGCCUCGUGUACCAGAUGUCCAGGACGGCGCCAAAACCAAUGAGCUGGAGCUGCGCUGGCAGGAGUAUUAUCAGCUGGUCACUGUCCUUCAGCAGUGGAUCCGACAUCACGUCCUCAUCUUCGAGGAGCGCAGGUUUCCCAGCAGCUAUGAGGAGGUGGAGAUUCUGUGGCGUCAGUUUCUGAAGUUUAAAGAGACAGAGCUUCCACCCAAAGAGUCUGACAAGGGCCGCUCUAAACAGCUCUUCCAAUCCUUUGAGAGCGCCGUUCAGGCUGGUCAGAUCAAGGUUCCUCCAGGUUAUCAUCCCAUAGACGUGGAGAAGGAAUGGGGUCGCCUGCAUGUGGCCAUUCUGGAGAGAGAGAGACUGCUGAGAAUAGAGUUUGAGAGGUUAGAGCGUCUCCAGCAGAUCGUCAGUAAAGUGCAGAUGGAGUCAGGCGUGUGUGAGGAGCAGCUCAACCAGACCGAGUCUCUGCUGCAGACGGACAUUCGUCUUCUGAAUGCUGGGAAACCUGCGCAGCACACAGUGGAGGUGGAGAGAGAUCUGGAUAAAGCCGACGGCAUGAUCCGCCUGCUCUUUAAUGAUGUUCAGAUGCUCAAAGAUGGACGCCACCUACAGGCCGAGCAGAUGUACCGCAGGGUUUAUCGUCUGCACGAGCGUCUAGUGAACCUGCGCAGUGAUUAUAAUCUGAGGCUGAAGUCUACCGCCACUGCAGCAACUCACACCACUGUCACAUCGAUCUCCCAGAAGUCAGUGCAGCGUGUGCGGCCUGAGCUGGACGAGGUGACGCUCCGCUACGCUCAGGACCUGCUGGCCUGGGUGGAGGAGAACCAGCGGCGGAUUGACACGGCUGAGUGGGGCAUUGACCUGCCGACUGUGGAAUCUCAGCUGGGCAGCCAUCGAGGACUGCACCAGACCAUCGAGGACUUCAGGGCCAAGAUCGAGAGAGCACGAGCUGAUGAGAACCAGCUCUCUCCCGCUAGUAAAGGCACCUACAGGGAAUAUCUGGGCAAACUGGACCUGCAGUACACCAAACUGCUGAACACCUCCAAGUCUCGUCUGAGGAAUCUGGAUCAGCUGUAUAACUUUGUCAACGCCGCCACCAAAGAACUGAUGUGGCUCAAUGACAAAGAGGAAGAGGAGGUCAACUACGACUGGAGUGAGCGCAACGCUAACAUGGGCGCCAAGAAGGACAACUACUCAGGACUGAUGCGAGAACUGGAACUCAGAGAGAAGAAGGUCAAUGACAUCCAGGCUACAGGAGACAGACUCAUUAAAGACGGACAUCCAGGCAAGAAGACUGUGGAGGCAUUCACCGCGGGUCUGCAGACUCAGUGGAGCUGGAUCCUGCAGUUGUGUUGCUGCAUUGAGACUCAUCUCAAAGAAAACACUGCUUACUUUCAGUUCUUCGCUGAUGUGAAAGAAGCGGACGAGAGGCUGAAGAAGAUGCAGGAUACGAUGAAGAAGAAGUACAUGUGCGACCGCAGCACCACCGCCACACGCCUAGAGGAUCUGCUGCAGGACGCCGUCGAGGAAAGAGAGCAGGUAAACGAGUUCAAGAACGACAUCGCCAACCUGAACAAGAGAGCCAAAUCUGUGAUCCAGCUGAAGCCACGAGACCCCACCUGCCCCUUCAGAGGAAAACUGCCCAUCCAGGCCGUGUGCGACUUUAAGCAGAUGGAGAUCACGAUGCAUAAGGGUGAUGAGUGUGCGCUGAUCAAUAACUCUCAGCCGUCCCGGUGGAAGGUGCUGAACCGCUCAGGCGAUGAGGCUGUCGUGCCUUCCAUCUGCUUCCUGGUGCCACCUGUCAACAAGGAGGCCGUCGAGAGCGUCAGCGGUCUGGAGGCUGGACAUCAGCAGACGGUAAUUCUGUGGCAGAAGCUUCACGCUGAUCUCCGUGCUCUGCUGUCCUGGCAGUAUCUGAUGAAGGACAUCCAGCUCAUCCGCUCCUGGAACAUCACCAUGUUCAAGACGAUGAAGCCAGACGAGUACCGGCUGAUCCUGAGGAACCUGCAGCUCCACUAUCAGGACUUUCUCAAAGACAGAGAAGAGUCAAAGCUCUUCAAUUCCAGUGACAACAUGCAGAUCGAGAGGGACUAUAAGGAGACCACACAGCAUUUUGACAACCUUUUGCGCACGCUGGAGAAAGGAGCCGCUGUCAGAGCACAGGGUGAGCAGGAUGAAUCUGUGUGCAAGUCGUACAUCACCCAAAUCAAAAACCUGCGUCUGCAGAUCGAGGACUGUGAGUCUCGAACGGUGGCUCGUAUCCGACAGCCUGUGGAUAAAGAUCCGCUCAGAGACUGCAUUCAGAAAACUGCUGACCAGAAGAAAGUGCACGUGGAGUUGGACGGCAUCAAGAAGAACCUGGAUAAAGUGUCUGAGAAAGCAGAGGAGGUGUUGUCCUCCGCGGAUCAGUCCAGUGCUCCAGUCCUGCGCUCAGCGCUGGACAUCACCCUGCAGAAGAUGGAUCAAACCUACAACCUGUCCUCCAUCUACCUGGAGAAGCUGAAGACCAUAGAGGUGGUGAUCCGCAACACACAAGGGGCAGAAGAUGUUGUGAAGAAAUAUGAGAAUCGCCUGCGUGAGGUUCAUACAGUUCCUACAAACGUGCAGGAGGUGGAGAACUACUGCUCAGAGCUCAAGACGAUGCGUGUGGACGCAGAGAAGCAGCGGCCGGUGUUUGACGAUAUGGAGGGUGAGCUGGCCAAGGCCUCAGCGGUCAGCCAGCGGAUGGUCCAGAUCCACAUGGAGCGGGACGCUGAGCUGGAGCACUACAGACAGAUGCUGGGCAGCCUGCAGGAUCGCUGGCGGGCCGUCUUCGCCCAGAUGGACCUGCGGCAGCGGGAGCUCGAGCAGCUCGGCCGGCAGCUGGGCUACUACAGGGAAAGCUACGACUGGCUCAUCCGCUGGAUCGCAGAUGCUAAACAGCGGCAGGAGAAGAUCCAGGCUGUGCCUAUUAUAGACAGCAAGACCCUCAAAGAACAGCUGGCACAGGAGAAGAAACUUCUGGAAGAAAUUGAGAAAAACAAAGAGAAAGUUGACGAGUGUCAGAAAUAUGCCAAAAACUACAUCGAUACCAUUAAGGACUAUGAACUCCAAUUAGUUGCCUACAAAGCUCAAGUCGAACCUCUGACUUCUCCUUUGAAGAAAACCAAGAUGGAGUCUGCUUCUGAUAACAUCAUUCAAGAGUAUGUAACUCUGAGAACCCGCUAUAGUGAACUGAUGACUCUGACCAGUCAGUACAUCAAGUUCAUCACGGACACGCAGCGCCGCCUGGAGGACGAGGAGAAAGCUGCUGAGAAACUAAAAGCUGAAGAGAGGAAAAAAAUGGCUGAGAUGCAGGCAGAGUUAGACAAACAGAAGCAGCUAGCUGAAGCUCAUGCCAAGGCCAUUGCCAAAGCGGAGAAAGAGGCACAAGAGCUCAAGCUCAUGAUGCAGGAGGAGGUUAGCAAGCGAGAGUUUGUUGCAGUGGAUGCUGAAAGGCAAAAGCAGAACAUCCAGCUGGAGCUACAUGAGCUCAAAAACCUCUCUGAGCAACAAAUAAAAUCAAAGAGUCAGCAAGUGGAAGAGGCUCUGCAAAGUCGUGUCAAAAUAGAGGAGGAGAUUCGCAUCAUAAGACUUCAGUUGGAAACUACGAUGAAGCAGAAAUCCACUGCACAGGAGGAGCUAAUGCAGCUUAGAAGCAAAGCUGCUGAGGCGGAGAGACUUCGCAAAGCCGCUCAGGAGGAAGCCGAGAAACUUCGCAAGCAAGUUAAUGAGGAGACCCAGAAGAAGCGGAUAGCAGAGGAAGAGUUAAAACUGAAGUCUGAAGCAGAGAAAGAGGCUGCCAGGCAGAAGCAAAAAGCUCUGGAUGAUCUUGAUAAGCUCAAGAUGGAGGUGGAUGAGGCCGAGAGACACAUGAAGCAGGCCGAGAUUGAGAAAGAGCGACAAAUCAAACUCGCUCAAGAUGCUGCUCAGAAAAGUGCAUCGGCUGAGCUUCAGAGCAAGCGCAUGUCCUUUGUCGAAAAGACAUCUAAACUAGAAGAGUCACUUAGAGAGAAGCAUGGGACUGUCAUUCAACUGCAGGAGGAAGCAGAACGCCUCAAAAAGCAGCAGGAGGAGGCAGACAAGGCAAGGGAGGAUGCUGAGAAAGAGCUUGAAAAAUGGAGACAAAAAGCCAAUGAGGCUCUUCGACUAAGGCUCCAGGCAGAGGAAGAAGCCCACAAAAAGACUCUUGCCCAGGAAGAUGCGGAAAAACAGAAAGAUGAGGCUGAGCGUGAGGCUAAAAAACGGGCCAAAGCUGAAGAGUCUGCCCUGAAACAGAAAGACAUGGCUGAGCAAGAGCUUGAGCGGCAGAGGAAGCUGGCAGAAAGCACAGCACAGCAGAAGCUCUCUGCCGAACAUGAGCUAAUUCGCUUGAGGGCUGAUUUUGAUCAUGCUGAGCAGCAGAGAUCUCUGCUUGAAGAUGAACUAUACCGUCUUAAGAGUGAGGUCAGUGCUGCAGAGCAGCAGCGCAAGCAGCUUGAAGAUGAGCUUUCCAAAGUUAGAAGUGAAAUGGAAGUGCUUUUGCAGCUUAAGUCUAAAGCUGAAAAAGAUAGCAUGUCUACCACUGAAAAGAGCAAACAGCUCUUGGAAGCUGAAGCUGGUAAACUGAGGGAUCUUGCAGAUGAAGCAGCCAAGCUUCGUGCCAUUGCUGAAGAGGCAAAAAGGCAGAGGCAGGUGGCUGAGGAGGAAGCUGCACGACAGAGAGCAGAAGCAGAAAGAAUUCUCAAGGAGAAACUCGCUGCCAUUAAUGAAGCUACUCGCUUGAAAACUGAGGCAGAGAUAGCCCUUAAAGAAAAGGAGGCCGAAAACGAACGUCUGCGAAGGAAAGCUGAUGAUGAGGCUUACCAGAGAAAGGCUCUUGAAGAUCAGGCAAGCCAGCACAAGCAAGACAUUGAGCAAAAGAUCAAUCAGCUCAAGAAAUCCUCCGAAAUGGAAUUAGACAGGCAGAAAACAAUUGUGGAUGAAACUCUUAAACAGAAAAGAAUAGUUGAAGAGGAGAUUCGCAUCUUGAAACUUAACUUUGAGAAGGCUUCAUCUGGCAAGCUUGAUUUGGAGCUUGAACUGAAUAAACUGAAGAAUAUUGCAGAUGAAACGCAACAAAGCAAACUGCGAGCAGAAGAAGAAGCUGAGAAACUACGUAAGCUUGCCCUCGAGGAGGAAAACAAAAGAAGGGAGGCUGAAGAAAAACUGAAAAAAAUUACUGCUGCAGAACAGGAGGCAGCUCGACAGCGCCAAGCUGCCCAAGACGAAGUAGAGCGCCUCAAGAAGAAAGCUGAUGAGGCUAGAAAGCAAAAAGAAGAUGCUGAUAAAGAAGCGGAGAGGCAAAUAUAUGCUGCCAAAGAGGCUGCAGAGAAAGCAAUUACAGCUGAACAGCAAGUCCAGAGUGUUCUUGUUCAGCAGAAGGAGGACAGCCUGGUACAGAAAAAGCUCAAAGAGGAGUUUGAGAAAGCCAAAAGGCUUGCCCAAGAGGCAGAAAAAGCCAAAGAAAAAGCAGAGAAAGAGGCUGCCCUCCUCCGUCAACAAGCAGAAGAUGCAGAGCGUCAGCGCCAGACUGCUGAAGUUGAGGCAACAAACCAGGCUAAAGCCCAAGAGGAGGCAGAGAGACUCCGAAAGGACGCAGAGCUAGAGGCAGAAAAGCGAGCCCAAGCUGAGGCAGCAGCACUGAAACAAAAACAGAUUGCUGAUGAAGAAAUGGCUAGGCACAAGAAGCAUGCAGAGCAGACACUUAAGCAGAAGUCUCAGGUGGAGCAAGAGCUUGCUAAAGUUAAACUGCGGUUAGAUGAGACUGAUAAACAGAAGAGUGUUCUAGAUGAAGAGCUUCAUCGACUGAAGGAUGAGGUCGGUGACGCUGUUAAACAGAAAGCCCAGGUAGAGGAGGAACUAUUCAAAGUCAGGAUUCAAAUGGAGGAGCUCAUCAAGCUCAAGCUCAGAAUUGAGCAAGAGAAUCAGCGUCUCAUCCAGAAGGACAAAGAUAAUACUCAAAAAUUCUUGGCCGAGGAGGCUGAGAACAUGAAAAAGCUGGCUGAGGAGGCUGCCAGGCUAAGCAUUGAGGCCCAGGAGACUGCUCGAAUGAGACACAUCGCAGAGACUGACCUUGCUGAGCAAAGAGCUCUUGCUGAAAAGAUGCUUAAAGAAAAGAUGCAAGCCAUUCAGGAGGCGUCUAAGCUUAGAGCAGAGGCAGAAAUGUUACAGAGACAGAAGGACCUUGCUCAAGAGCAAGCUCAAAGGCUACUUGAAGACAAACAACUGAUGCAACAACGGCUCAAGGAGGAAACUGAAGGCUUCCAAAAAUCAUUGGAGGCUGAACGCCGAAGACAGUUGGAUAUAGCAGCUGAGGCAGAGAGACUUAGACUUCAGGUGUCCCAGCUCAGUGAUGCACAGUCUAGAGCUGAGGAUGAAGCCAAGAGGUUCAAGAAGCAGGCAGAUGAUAUUAGUGCACGGCUGCAUGAGACAGAGCUUUCCACCAAAGAGAGAAUGACAGUUGUUGAAAAAUUGGAAAUACAAAGACUGAGCAGUACCAGAGAAGCUGAUGACUUACGCAAAGCCAUAGCUGAUCUUGAAAACGAGAAGGCAAAAUUGAAAAAAGAUGCCGAAGAUUUACAGAAAAAGUCUAAAGAGAUGGUGAAUGCUCAGCAAGAACAAAUUAAACAGGAGAAAACAAUCCUCCAGCAGACAUUUAUGUCGGAAAAAGAGAUGCUGUUGAAGAAGGAAAAACAAAUAGAAGAUGAAAAGAAGAGGUUAGAGAGUCAAUUUGAAGAGGAGGUCAGAAAAUCAAAAGCCCUAAAAGAUGAGCAAGAACGCCAAAGAAAACAAAUGGAGGAUGAAAAGAUAAAACUCAAGGCCUCUAUGGAUGCUGCUCUGAUAAAACAAAAAGAGGCUGAAAAAGAGAUGUUCAACAAACAAAAGGAGAUGCAGGAGCUUGAAAGGAAAAAGCUUGAACAAGAAAGGAUGCUUGCUGAGGAAAACCAACAACUGCGUGAGAAACUUCAGCAGCUUGAGGUUGCUCAAAAAAUCACCCAGGAGAUUCAUAUCCAGACUGAUUGCAAGAAAGUCCUCAAUGGUCAAAGUAUUGAGGUUGACGGCACACAGGGUUAUCCUGGAUUAUCUUUUGAUGGAAUUCGUGAGAAAGUGCCUGCAAGCAGACUGUUUGACAUAGGACUUUUAAGCAAAGUGGAUUAUGAUAGACUCCAGAGUGGUGGCACCACUGUCCAAGAACUUAGCAAGACAGACAAACUUAAAACAAUUCUUAGGGGCAAUAACUGCAUCAGUGGCUUGCUUGUUCAUCCAAAUCAAAAAAUGCCUAUAUAUCAAGCCAUCAAAGAAAAGAAGAUUGCUCCUGGUACUGGGCUAGUGCUGCUAGAAGCACAGGCUGCUUCAGGAUAUAUAAUCGACCCAAUUAAAAACAAGAAACUCUCUGUCAAUGAGGCAGUUAAGGAGGGUCUAAUUGGACCUGAACUACACAACAAGAUGCUGUCUGCAGAGAAAGCUGUCACUGGUUACAAAGAUCCAUACACAGAGGCUAAGAUCUCCCUCUUUGAAGCUUUGAAGAAAGAUCUCAUUGGGCAGGAUCAUGCUAUCAGAUUGCUGGAUGCUCAGAUAGCAACAGGUGGUAUCAUUGAUCCCAUCAACAGUCAUCGUGUGCCAAACGAAAUAGCCUAUAAGCAGGGUCAGUUUGAUGCAGCCACCAAUAAAAUCCUACAAAAUCCAACAGAUGACAUGAAGGGAUUCUACGAUCCAAACACAGAAGAGAAUCUGACAUACAGUCAGCUAAUGAAAAGGUGUGUCGCUGAUCCAGAAACAGGUCUGCCUCUUUUGCCCAUCUCUGAGGAGGCUGCACAAAAUGCCAGAAUAUUCACUGAUGAAGAAACAAGAGAUGUGUUUGACAAGACAACAGUGUCUGUGCCAUUCGGCAGAUUUAAAGGAAAGACUGUUACCAUCUGGGAGAUAAUAAACUCUGAGUACUUCACCGAGGACCAGAAAAAAGACCUCAUCCGCCAGUACAAAACUGGUAGGAUUACAGUUGAAAAGAUUAUCAGAAUUGUCCUAACUGUGGCAGAGGAAAAAGAGAAGAAGAAUGAGAUUGCCUUUGAUGGCCUGAGAUCACCAGUGCCUGCUGCAAAGCUUCUUGAAUCCAAGGUUAUUGACAAAGACCUCUAUAACAAGUUACAGAAAGGACAACUGCUGGUCAAAGAUGUGUCUGAGAUGGAGCAUGUGCGAAAUGCCUUGAAAGGCACUAACUGCAUUGCAGGAGUAAUUGUUGACUCAACCAAACAAACAAUGUCAUUUUAUGAUGCCAUGAAAGGCGACACGAUGAGACCUGGCCCUGCUCUUCAUCUCUUGGAAGCACAAGCUGCCACAGGAUACAUCAUAGAUCCUAUUAAAAACCAAAAACUUACAGUAGAUGAAGCUGUCAAAGCAGGUGUUGUCGGACCAGAGCUGCAUGAAAAACUACUGUCUGCAGAGAGAGCUGUCACAGGUUACAAAGAUCCCUUCGCUGGUAAAACAGUGUCCCUAUUUGAGGCUAUGAAGAAAGAUCUGAUAUUAAAAGACCAGGGAAUUAGACUGCUUGAUGCACAACUGGCAACUGGAGGCAUCAUCGAUCCUGUCGAAAGUCAUCGUGUUCCACAUGACGUUGCCUGCAUGAGGGGUUGUUUUGAUGAUGCGACCCAGAAGUUUUUGAGCAGUGCAACUGAUGAAGUUAAAGGAUACUUUGACCCAAACACUCAGGAAUAUGUCACUUAUCCGCAGCUCUAUAAAAGAUGUGUCACUGACAAAAAAACUGGCCUUAAGCUUCUGCCUUUGUCCGAGCAAGCCAUCAACGCCAGGGAAGAGAUGAAAUAUACUGAUGCCCAGACCAAAGACGCAAUGACUCAGGCGACUGUUGAGGUUCAGAGUGGACCUUUCAAAGGAAGAAAAGUUACCAUAUGGGAGCUCAUUAACUCGGACUAUCUUACAGAGGAGCAAAGACUUGACUUAAUAAGACAAUACCGAUCAGGUAAAAUGACUAUUGAGAAAAUUACAAAGAUUUUAAUUGUGAUUGUCACCGAGAAGGAUGCCAAGAAACAAGAAGAGGGCUGCUUUAAGGGACUUAGAGCUCCUGUUCCAGCCAAGUCAUUGUUUGACUCCAAAAUCAUUGACAAGCCAACCUAUGAUUUGCUAGAACAAGGUAAAAAGACUCCAAAAGAGGUCAGCAAAGACAAUUCAGUCAACAAGUAUCUCCAAGGCUCAGAGAGCAUCGCUGGAGUCUACCUUGAGCCAACAAAGGAGAAAGUUAGCAUAUACCAAGCAAUGAAAAAGAAAUUCCUCAGACAGAACACAGGUAUUGCGUUACUUGAAGCUCAGGCUGCCACAGGGUUUAUCGUGGAUCCAUCAAGAAAUGAAUGUCUCUCUGUGGAUGAUGCAGUUAAAGCAGGCAUUGUUGGUCCAGAGCUUCACGAGAAGCUUCUCUCUGCUGAAAAAGCUGUCACUGGAUAUAAAGACCCAUUCACAGGAAAUAAGAUCUCUCUUUAUCAAGCCAUGGACAAAGACCUUGUCCUCAAAGAGCAUGCAAUGCCACUCUUGGAGGCACAGUUGGCAACUGGUGGAAUUAUUGAUCCAGUAAACAGUCAUCGACUUCCUGUUGAGACUGCAAUCCAGCGUGGAUAUGUUUCAAAACAGCUAGCCAGCAGCAUUGCUGAAAGCAAGUAUUUCUCUGACCCUGCAUCUGAUGAGAACAUAUCAUACAAGCAACUAAAAGACAAGUGUAUUACAGAGCCUGAUACAGGAUUAAAUCUACUAAAGCUUUCCAAACCACAGGCCCCAACAGUGGUGGAAAAGACAUACCUUUACAGCGAAGAACAAACCCAGAGUGAUCUAUCAACUACACAAAUUGAUCUACCAAUUGAAGGUCAGGGCUCUAUGUCUCUUUGGGAUGUGAUGAAUUCAAAUCUACUCCCUGAGGAACAGAGAGCUCAGCUUCUGGAAGAAUAUCGUUCUGGCAAUAUAACAAAGGAACGGAUGAUAAUCAUUAUAAUUGAGAUUCUGGAGCAGAGAGAAGUAAUUAAAGGGGGGAACUUCCAGACUGGUGGCACAAGAAGACGCCAAAUCACAAUUGAAGAUCUCUACAAUGCUCGCAUCAUUGACCUUGAGACCUUCAACAUGUUGAAAAAGGAGAAAAAGACUAUGCGUGAUGUCAUGGAGAUGCAAAGUGUUAAGCGUUACUUGUACGGAACUGGCAGUGUUGCUGGAGUGGUGACUGAUUCAAAUUCUAAGAUCAGCAUUUAUCAAGCAAUGAAGAGAGAGAUUUUGAAGCCAGAGAUUGCAAUUGGUCUCUUGGAGGCACAGGCAGCCACUGGAUUCAUUGUUGAUCCUGUUAGGAAUGAAAUGCUUACCGUAGAUGAAGCAGUGCGCAAGGGUAUAGUGGGCCCAGAAUUUCAUGAUAAACUCCUGUCUGCAGAAAGAGCAGUCACUGGCUACAAGGAUCCAUAUAGUGGAAAGGUUAUCUCCCUUUUCCAAGCAAUGAAAAAGGGCCUUGUCCCUGAGGAUUAUGCUCUAAGGUUACUCGAAGCUCAAACAGCAACUGGCGGAAUUGUUGAUCCAGAGUAUAAUUUCCAUCUGCCAACAGAGAUUGCCACACAGCGUGGAUACAUCAACAAAGAGACCAAUGAAAAGCUGUCUGAUGAGGUUCAAGGAUAUGUAGAUCCAUUAACUGAUGAAAAGAUGUCAUACGCUCAGCUUCUGAAAAGAUGCAAAGUUGACAAAGAUGGGCUGCAUCUGUUGUCACUGGCAGACAGAAGGCUACUCUUCAGAGGUCUCAGAAAAGAAAUAACAAUAGAAGAGUUGAUCCGCUCCAAAAUCAUUGAUGAACAAACAGUCAGUGAGCUGAAUGAGGGACGGCUAACAGUGGAGGAAGUGAGCAACAGAUUGAGGAAAUAUCUACAGGGCUCAAGCUGCAUUUCUGGUGUGUUUGUAGAGUCUACUAAAGACCGUCUAUCUAUCUACCAAGCCAUGAAAAAGAAUAUGAUCAGGCCAGGUACUGCUUUCGAGUUGCUGGAAGCUCAAGCAGCCACAGGGUAUAUCAUUGACCCGAUAAAGAAUCUCAAGCUAACGGUAAAUGAAGCAGUUAAGAUGGGAAUUGUUGGCCCGGAGUUCAAAGACAAGCUGCUUUCUGCUGAGAGAGCUGUGACUGGUUAUAGAGAUCCCUAUACAGGCAAAAUGAUCUCACUCUUCCAGGCUAUGAAAAAGGGCCUGAUUUUGAGAGAUCAUGGUAUUCGUCUUCUGGAGGCCCAGAUUGCCACUGGAGGAAUCAUAGACCCAGAAGAAAGUCACCGCUUGCCUGUUGAAAUGGCCUACAAUAGAGGGUUUUUCGAUGAGGAGAUGAAUGAGAUCCUCAAUGACCCAUCGGAUGACACCAAGGGCUUCUUUGACCCAAACACAGAGGAGAAUCUCACCUACCUGCAGCUGAUGGAAAGGUGUAUUGUAGACCCAGACACCGGUCUUGUUCUCUUGCUCCUAAAAGAAAAGAAACGUGAGAGAAAGACUUCUUCCAAGUCCUCUGUUCGCAAACGCAGAGUCGUCAUUGUAGAUCCUGAUUCGGGCAAAGAAAUGUCUGUUUAUGAAGCCUACCGCAAAGGGCUAAUUGACCAUCAGACCUACCUUGAACUUUCAGAGCAAGAGUGUGAAUGGGAAGAGAUCACAAUGACAUCAUCCGAAGGGGUCGAAAAGUCUAUUCUCAUUGACCGAAGAUCAGGUCGACAGUAUGACAUUGAUGAUGCCAUCGCAAAAGGACUAAUUGACCAGAGUGCAAUUGACCAGUACCGCUCUGGCACCCUUUCCAUCACAGAAUUUGCCGAUAUGUUAUCUGGAAACAUGAGUGGCAUCCGAUCCCGCUCAUCUUCCUUCGGAUCCACCUCUUCUUAUCCAAUGAGCCCCAUUCCUAGCAUCAAAACUCCAGCAUCUAUAUGGAAUGAUCCAACUGAGGAGACGGGUCCAGUGGCAGGAAUCCUUGACACAGAUAGCCUUGAAAAAGUUUCAGUAACUGAAGCCAUACGAAGAAAUGUAGUGGACUCUAUAACUGGCCAAAGACUGUUGGAGGCACAGGCCUGCACUGGUGGCAUAAUUGACCCGUCUACUGGAGAGAAAUUCUCAGUUGCUGAAGCCACAGAGAAGGGCCUUAUAGAUAAGAUAAUGGUUGACAGACUCAAUCUAGCCCAGAAAGCCUUUCAUGGAUUUGAGGAUCCUCGCACUAAAGUCAAAAUGUCUGCAGCUCAGGCUCUCAAGAAAGGCUGGCUUUAUUAUGAAGCAGGGCAGCGUUUCCUGGAAGUGCAGUACCUCACUGGUGGCCUUAUUGAGCCAGAGACUGAGGGAAGAAUCUCCCUUGAGGAGGCAAUCAGGAAAGGUGCUAUUGAUGGCCGCACAGCCCAAAAGCUCAGAGAUGUAAAUGCCUACACUAAAUACCUUACAUGUCCUAAAACCAAACUGAAGAUCUCCUACAAGGAUGCCAUGGACAGAAGCAUGGUUGAAGAAGGAUCUGGCAUUAGGCUUCUGGAAGCUUCAUCAACUUCUAGUAAAGGCCUCUACAGUCCUUACAAUGUCAGUGGUGCUGCAUCUGCUUCUGGCUCACGGUCUGGGUCCAGGACAGGCUCUCGUUCAGGUUCAAGAAGGGGGAGCUUCGAUGCUACUGGCUCUGGAUUCAGCAUGAACUUCUCAUCAUCCUCAUUUACUUCCUCCAGCUACAGCCGUAGAUUUUAAAGCUGGACCUCAUAGCUAGCUUACCAUGUGGUCCUGCGGCUUUCAUAUCAAUACACUAGAGUUACAUAAUAUACAUAAAUUAAUUAGAUUAGAAUGACUUUAAUCUGUUUUGCAUGUGUUUGGUGUAGGAAAAUGCAUUCCAAAAAUUACCAGUAUCUUUUUAUCUGCCGAUGGUCAAGUUCCCAUUUUAUGUAGUUUGGAUGCUUAGGAAUUGUUAAUUCCCUAGUCAGCUUUAAUCAUAGUUCAAGUUAUCUAGUUUAGGUUUAUUUUAGAUUAAACUGACUGCAUAUUUUUGGAAGUGAUUUUUUUCUUCUUAUUUUGUAAAUGUGUCAUCUAAAUCCCGGAAUUGUUAAGCAUUUUGAAACUUAUUUUUAAUCGAGUUCGGUUUAGGCUGUAUUUAAUAUUACAUAUAGUGAGCCUAUAUUUCUACAUUUUAUUUGAGAAAAAAAUCUUUUUAUACUUUGGUUUAUUUCAGGAGAAUGUAUCAGUAAAUAUACCAAGUUUUACAAAAAAAGAGAGAAAGAGAUUUGAUUAAUAUAGAGUGUGGUUAUUUUUACAUAUUUGUAUAGAUUUGAUAGAUGGAUAUAUUAGAGACUUCUAGCCUAUUUUGCAAGCAAAAGUUGCAGAUAGUUUAACAGAAUGUAAAAAAGACACUACAUAUAAACACUAAAGGAGGAGCAAGCACCUUGUACAACAAACCAAGAUCCCUUUAAACUGAAAUUAUGAAAGUUCAUUUACUGGAUCCAGUGCCUCUCCAAAGUCCUUUGCAAAACUACUCCAGGCUGCCUUGUAAAUGAAUCCUCCACUGAUGUGUUGUCCAAUGAAGAUUCCUGAUGUCUGAUCCAUGCCUCUCUCAUAACAUCAUGACAGAUGUGGAUGAAAUGUUAGUACUUACAUCACCUGAUACUAGAUUUGAUGACGCCACACAUUUGGUCUUGGAUGACGAGAUAAAUGAUGUUUAUCAGCAGCCCACAUCUUCAGACAUUCAGAUCCCCACUGAGGGUUUCCUUCUCCCAUUGCAUCUGCCAUUUGCAUGAGGAUUUCAUAUCAUAUCAGGAACUGCCACUACAUCCGCUUGGAGCUGGACUUUGGAGUUUAUUAUAAUUUAACAAAGCACCAUUUUGGAUCCAUUACAUGUUCGGUUUAAUCAAAAAUCUCAGAGAUCUACUGCCUGCAUAUAUUCUAGUCCUAAAGUGCAGCUUUAUUUUUGUAAGUUACAUGUGAAUACAUUAUGCACAGCCUUUCACUGCAAUUCUUUAAGAUAUUAAACUUUUAGAUAAUACAAAUUUAAACAGACUGCAUCGUUGAUUGAAUAUAUUAAAGCUUAUUUAAUGUAUGGCAGUUACAUUUUUCAUAUUUCCUGUGCCAAAAAAAGACAUGUUUGGAUCACUUGUUGCCUCCCAUGUAUUUCUUUGCUUGUUUUAUUAUUAUUAUUAUUUUUAUUAUUAUUAUUAUUAAUUGUACUGUUGUGUUUUUUUGAAAGUACUUGACUCUUCUUUUCUUCUUUUUUGAUGUUGUACAUGUAAAAUAUUUCUGCAUGUUUUACUAACUUGCUAUAAAGUAUUCUAAAACGAUGAAGAAUAGAUUUUUGAAUUUAUCCCCAAUAAAUGAAAGAUUAUAUUAUGAGUACAAGAUGUAUGAAAUACUAACUGGUGGAUGAACUUUUCCUUAAGAGAAUCUGGUAAUAAAAAUUGAGAUUUUAAAAGUAACACUAUAUUCAAGUGUAAAUAAAUCUAUUUUGGAAAAAUCA